UGUAGUUUACGCGUCGGUCGCAGCACAACGCAGCAUACGAACAGGCGGACAAGUGUGUCCAGAGAGCAAGUGUAAAAUAUCAAAGACAAAGAGAGAGAGAGAGAGCGUGAGAGUCAGGAAGAAAGGCAAAGCGCAGUCAGUGAACAUUGACAGUGUUUAGUCUUGUGUUAUCAACGGCGGCAAAGUCACGUUGACAGGUAACAGAGUGGAGUGAAUGUGGCUAAGCCGGCGGCAAAAAGCCACAAAGACCAAAGUAAAUUAACAACUUAAAAGCUACAAUAUAUGAUAUACUCGUAUGAAAGUAAUACAAACAUGUUUUUGAUAAGUGCUUGUCUAUAUACCUGUAAUUGUGUGUAAGCUGUCUGUGUGAGUGUAGUGUAAGAGUGUGUGUGUCUGUGUCUCUUCGCGCCUCUCAACUAACGUUCCGGACAGAGUACACAAAAAUUGAGUCUGCAAACAACAAAAAUAAACGGCAGCAAUAAUUAACGACAACAACGAGCCAAAAGAAAACAAAAAUAAAAUAAACAAAGAAGAAAUAUAUGUUCAUAUAUAUUGAAAAGAAAAUAAAAAGGAAAAAAGCGCAACAAGAGACCGAGAAAAUUACGGCUUAAAUGCUUUGGCAAUUAAGCCAAAAAUUGUUAACAAAAUGCGCAAUGCAUAAAAUUAAACAACGAACAACAACAACUAUAACAGCAACAGCAACAACAACAAUAAGAAAAGGAAUAACAACAGCUAAGCAAACAUUUAAUUUGUGGACGGGCAGGACGGCGACGACAGGUGGCACAUUGGGCCCAGCAGCGCCGUCGCCGUCGCAUUGAAUUAAUUUUCGACUUGUGGCACGAGGCAACAGCCGAAAGCAACAACAAAAGCAACAACGACAAAAUUAACACAACGGAAAUUGUCUACUUAAAAAACAGAAACAGAAACUGAAACCGAAAAUUGAAAAGUUGAAACAACUUUACAAUAGUUGCCACACGACAAAAUCAACGACAACGACAAACUGACAACAAAAGUCGCUUUUUUAUUGAUUUUAUUUACGCCCAAUAAUAAUAACAACAACAAUAACAGUUGGCAAUGAACAAUGGAAAAAGGAAAAACAUUACGACUUGCCGCUAAAAUAAAACAAAAGAAUAAAAGAAAAACAAAACUCGAACGCAAUGUGAAUAAUUUUACUCAAACGUAUCACGAAACAAAAAGAAAUAAAUAGAGAAAAACAAUAGAGAAUAAAGCGAGCGACAGAGAGAAAAGAAAGAGUUGACGUAUAACUCACAAUUUCGUUCUACCAACUUUAAUAAGACCCCACGAUGAUUCAAGACAAUGCACACACGCACAGCCCAUAAAAGUGUGCUAUUAAACUAAAAACAUAUAAAUAAAUAUUAAAUAAAAGUCAGUAAACUAGAAAAAACUUAAAAGAAAAACGAAACUCAUUCUCAAGUAAAAGUUUAAUAAAGUUUAAUUGAAUGUAAUGAAGAGGAUUGCAAUGCAUAAUUGGCAAGAAUAAACCUAAGCAAGAAGAAAGAAAAAGAACAAGUAGAAGCAGUAGAAGAAGAAGAAGUAGAAACAACAACAGUAGCAAACGACAAAGCAAGACUGAUUUUUAUGUUUUAGUUAGCUUUAUUCUUAUAACUAAACCUUCUGGCAUUACAAAACGACAACUGACAACGAAACGAAUCGAAUCGAAACGAAACCAAAACGACCAACGAAGCGGAAACCUUAGGAAAUCCGCUUCCAGGACCCAACACAAUUAUCAUCGUUAUCCUCGCUCGUCAUCAUCAGGAGUAACAACAGAAAAGUGAAACUAUUGAAGCAAUUGAAGCGCAAUGUUUGUGUUUAUUGCCGUCCUGUUGGUCAAUAGCUGUCUAGCUGGCACCAUUCCUGCCACACCGGAGAACAUCACAGUCACCUUUUUAACGCCCACCGCGGUGCGUGUGUCGUGGCAAACGCAGAUCGAUUUAAAAGCGCAUCCCAUUGAGAAAUACAUUGUGACUUAUAAGCCCACAGAUGACAGUUACAGGAUUGUACAGGAUGUGGCCGGCAGCAGCGAGGCCAUUGUCCUGGAUCGUCUGCUGCCCAGCACACAGUAUUCCCUAACUGUCACAGCCAUUUGGAUGGGCAAAAAGUAUCGCAGUGGCGGGCAGAUCAAGUUUCGCACCUUGGAUUUACCCAAGAACACAUCACAGCAGGACUUUCCGCCGGGCAUCUAUGGACGUAAUGGCUCCGGCAAUGGCAGCAUCUUUGGUGACGAUGUCACUUCCACGGCGACCAAUACUCUCACACACAGCACAACGCGAGAGUUGCCAACGAUACGUGGCGUCGAGAUUGGCAUUGUACUUAUCGUACUGAUGGUUUGGGCCGGUGCCAUAGCGUUGUUCUUCAACCGAUGGGGCAAGAUACGAAUGCUGUUGCCGUACCAGCCGGAUUACAAGCACGAGCAGCUGAAGGUGCCCGGGACGGGAGUGUGCAGUGCCAGCGGCUGCAAUGGUCAGCACUCGCAUCAGCACAUCCACAUGUUGGCCGAGGAGCGCUCCACGUCGAUAUCGGAGCGUUGCACGCGCAGUCGCAUCAACUCGGCCAUAUUCGUAUCGUCCGAGGGCCGAGGAUUCGAUUCCAUCGAGUUCCUGCGACGCCACGGCUCACAGAGUGUUCUCUGCCGCAAGGCCAAGAGUGCGGAGAAUAUCACGGACAAUGGACGCAGGAAGAGCUUGCGACCUUGGCGCACCGAUGAUGACUCCCUGCAGCAGCAGCAGCAACAGAACUCCUCCCAGGACAUUGAACUAAAGGAAUGUGGCAACAACGCCGGAGAAUUGCUUACGUUACCCGUGCUCCACGACGCCAAGCAAUCGCAGACAGCUGUGACCAGUUUGUUGGCACGUUCAUCAGCGAUUACCACGGCCAAUGUCAUAGUGGGCAGCAUUUCAUUGGAGGCACCACCGCCGUAUAUGCAGGACGAUGACACUCACUCCAUAUCGGCGUUGAUUCACAGUGAUGCCUCUGCCAUUGUGCACGACUCACAGGAUUCGGCGGAGACGGUCGAGGAACUGGUUCAUGUUCCUCUUUUGGCCAGUGCAACAGCAACGGCAUCUGUUUCCGGCGCCUCCACGCCCAGCAUUGCCAUUGAGGCAAAGCCACGUGUCCUGGUGCAUCAACGAUCAUCGACAGCUUCAUCAUCGCCGCACAACAGCCCCAAAAAUAUGGGACUGGGUCUGAAGAUAGUCAAGCCCAAGAUUAGUGCCGUGCCAAUGGUGUCCGUGUCCGGUCCAUCGCCGCCAAUUGAGAAGCCGCCGCUGGCGGAAUGUUUGUAACAAAUGGCAGCCGAAACAUUUAUCUAAAGCGCGCUCACACAAGGCAACUGGACACCCAGACCUAGACCUAGACCCACAACCGGAUUAGCACCAAGCACACACACACAAUCAUAGAACUCCCAAAGCACCCCACAUAAUCCCUUCCCCAGAUUUAUAUGAAAGGUGGUUAGAAGUAUGCCAGCUGCUCAAAUAAGUGUUUCGGUGAAGCUAUGCGAGAAGGAAUUCUACUCAGCAGGAAGUAGAAAAGUAGAACUAAAGUUAAGAGUAAGAAUAUGAGUAGAAGUAGGAAUAGAAUUAGAAUUAGGAGUAGUUAUUGUACCAAAAAAGGUCAACGCCAUGCAAGAAAGCUUUGUAUAUUCAACAACGACUGAAGUAUACACAUACGAACAUAAACCUAUUAAACGUUUAAAAGGCGUAUGUAAAUAUAUAUACACACACAACUGAUAAAUCAGCUUUAACGACAAACAAACAAGUAAACUAUCAGGCUUUAAUAUAAUGAUGAAUUUCUGGUCAUUGAAAAGACCAAACAUACUGUUGAACAAGUUAUUCUCGUUAUUGUUCUCCUAUUUAUAUAUAUAUCUAUAACAUUUACCACUUAUAUAUAUGAUGAAUAUACAUAUAUACUUAGUUAUAGCCAAAACUAGGGCAUCACACAUAUUUAUACACCACUCUAGGUACUUACACAUAUAUAUUUUCAAUGAUAGCCUCUGAUUAGAUGAGAUCCUUUGAAAUACACCCAUAUACUAUAGCUUAUAGGCACAAAAUCCGAAUGUUGCUUAUAAAGGCAAACAUAUCAAUUACCCACGACCAAAAACGAAACGUUAAAACUGUAAACUAGUCUGUAAAUUUAAUUCCUACAUAUGAUAUUGUAAUUCUUGUCAAAUAAGAAAGUGCCCAGGAUGAGUUCUAAGUGUUUUUAAAAAACUACUUGUACUUGUACGUUUUCAUGUAGCUUGUAAUUUUAAAAAUAUGAUAUAUACCAACUCAUGAUGUAUCCUUGUAGUGUUUAAGCAUGCAUUUUAAAAGAACAGUUUCACUUGAUGUACCUUUAUUUACUACAUACAAGUACUUGGGUAUAUAAAUUCUUCUAUAAUAGUGAAUAUACAUUAAAAAUUAUAAAUAGAACUGAUGGCAGAACACAGAAAUCAUUUGCUCUCUCCUUUAGGUAGUCUUUAUAUUUUAGUUAUGUUACUUAAAUUAUCAGAGCAAUACUUGCUUAUAUAUAUUCCCCAACUAUAUCUGUCUAUAUACCAAUACAAUUAACAUACAAAUGUAUCUACAAAUCAGUUAAAUCUUAUGUAAAUACACCCGCACUUGUACCUACGGUUAAUACAAACUCUUGUCCCGCUAUCAACACAGACUCCAUAACUAAAAAAAAA